CUCAAAGAAAAUGAAUGGAACACUGGAUCACCCAGACCAACCUGACCUUGAUUCCAUCAAGAUGUUCGUGGGUCAGGUUCCUAGGAGCUGGUCUGAAAAAGAUCUGAGGGAACUAUUUGAACAGUAUGGUGCUGUCUAUGAAAUCAAUGUCCUGAGGGAUAGGAGCCAAAACCCUCCUCAGAGCAAAGGGUGCUGUUUUGUUACAUUUUACACCCGGAAAGCCGCACUAGAAGCACAGAAUGCUCUUCACAACAUGAAGAUCCUCCCAGGGAUGCAUCAUCCUAUACAGAUGAAGCCUGCAGACAGUGAAAAAAACAAUGCAGUGGAAGACAGAAAGCUGUUUAUUGGUAUGAUUUCCAAGAAGUGCAAUGAAAACGAUAUCCGAGUCAUGUUCUCUUCCUUCGGACAGAUUGAAGAGUGCAGGAUAUUGCGAGGUCCUGAUGGUCUAAGCCGAGGUUGUGCGUUUGUGACAUUUACAACACGAGCCAUGGCCCAGACGGCGAUCAAGGCAAUGCACCAAGCACAGACUAUGGAGGGCUGCUCAUCUCCUAUUGUGGUGAAGUUUGCAGAUACCCAGAAAGACAAAGAACAGAAGCGGAUGGCUCAGCAGCUACAGCAGCAGAUGCAGCAGAUCAGUGCAGCGUCCGUGUGGGGGAAUCUCGCUGGGUUGAACACUCUGGGACCCCAGUACUUAGCACUUUAUUUGCAGCUCCUUCAGCAGACUGCCUCCUCUGGGAACCUCAACACCCUGGGCAGCCUCCACCCAAUGGGAGGAUUAAAUGCAAUGCAGUUACAGAAUCUGGCUGCAUUAGCUGCUGCUGCUAGUGCAGCUCAGAACACACCUAGUGGCACCAAUGCUCUCACAACAUCCAGCAGUCCUCUCAGUGUCCUCACUAGUUCAGCAGGGUCCUCACCGAGCUCCAGUAGCAGCAACUCUGUUAAUCCAAUGGCUUCCCUUGGAGCCCUGCAAACACUGGCUGGAGCAACUGCUGGCCUCAAUGUCGGCUCCUUAGCAGGGAUGGCUGCCUUAAAUGGUGGCCUGGGUAGUGGUGGUCUCUCUAAUGGCACUGGAAGCACGAUGGAGGCUCUCACACAGGCCUACUCUGGGAUUCAGCAGUAUGCUGCUGCUGCCCUCCCUACUCUCUACAACCAGAACCUUUUGACACAACAGAGUAUUGGUGCUGCAGGAAGUCAAAAGGAAGGUCCAGAGGGAGCCAACCUGUUCAUCUACCACCUGCCCCAGGAGUUUGGAGACCAGGACCUGCUGCAGAUGUUCAUGCCUUUUGGGAAUGUUGUUUCUGCCAAGGUUUUCAUCGACAAGCAGACAAACCUGAGCAAGUGUUUUGGGUUUGUAAGCUAUGACAAUCCUGUUUCAGCGCAGGCUGCCAUCCAAUCAAUGAACGGCUUUCAGAUUGGCAUGAAACGGCUGAAAGUGCAGCUCAAACGUUCGAAGAAUGACAGCAAGCCCUACUGAGCAUUCUCCCCUCUGGGACUGGAGUGAGAGGGUCUUCUGGUAAGUGGGGGAAGGAAGGAGCAAGCGCCCGCCCUUAGUGAUUCGAAGCCCAAAGGCUGUGUGCUGGCAGCCCUGGACCCUGCCCCCGCCACUCUCGCUGGCACCUCUUGCCCUGAAGACUCGGCUACUGCCUCCUGUGGGAGUCCGGCUUCGUGUGGAGGACGAGUUUGUGCUUUGUUUGGUUUCCAGUGUUUUCCUUUGGAGUUUAGGUGCCAUAUCGCGGAGAUUUUUUUUUCUUUAUUUAAAGUUUGCUGUGUUUGUAAAACAGUGUGUGUUGAGAAGGACCAACCCUAGACGGCCUUGGGUGGGAGGGAGGAUGGGAGGGAGGCAAAGAGAGCAAGAACCACAUUGCCCUGGGGAGUUAGGCAGGGGAAAUAGCACUGACUUUGGAGGACGGGGUCAUGGAACUGACACGACACCAAAUGGCCUUUUGGAGCAAGGCUCACAGAGCUCUUCUUCUCACUUGGCUGUCUUCAGGAUGAAAUAUUUUCAGCUGCUUAGAGCAAAAAAAACCCAACAACAACAACAACUUCAGAGAGGUGUUCACCAUUCUUGCCAACUAUAUUUAGGAUGCCUGUCCUUGGUUUUUUUCCCCUCUGAAAAAGAUGCUAGCAGGAUUCUGGGAAUAAAGCACCUGCUAAAUCAGCUAAAAAUAAUGCUCAAGAGAAGCAGCCAUCAGUCAUCAGCUUUCAUAGCAGUCGGAUGCAUGGAAGUAGAUCUGGAUGCCUAGUGCCCUCGCUGCCUAGGAGCAGACUCAGCAAGCAGCCGUUCUGUUUUCCCUCCUUUCUAACGCACUAAGAAGUGUCUGUGGCCCAUUUUACACAAGCCUCCCUGAAGCAGGGCUAGUCUAAAGUGGGCCAGCUGCUGAAUAAUUUAAUUCUGACCACUGAAUUUUCUAAAAAAGACAAUCUCCUCCUUUCUUAAGUGUUCUCUGAGGCCAAUUUCUAUCUGAAAGGGUGACUGGAAGCAGCUUCUCUAACCUAGCCAGAUAAAUUGAUGGUCUUGAUUGUUUGAUGGCCUCUUCCCAGUGCACCAGAGCAGAUAGCUGGUCUCUCCAGCCCAGUGUCCUGCUUCUGGCCAGGGCUGCUGCUCAGUAUUUAAGAAAAAUGAGAAGUCUGCAUUCACACAGGGUCAGAUUGUCCAUAGUAUUUCCAUGAGUAUUGGCGGCAGCCAGGCCCAGAUCUUGGGAUGUUUCUGAGCAGCCGCUGUGGGUCCUUGCUUGAACCACCAACACACACCUUCACUGGUGGCAGAACGUUUACACACUCGACCUAGUAUUCAUUUCAUUUACCUCAAUUUUUAUCUUGUCCAUUUCAUGUCUUUUGUGCUGACCCCGUUAAAGUUAGCAUCUAAGCUGCCUCUCACCCCAUCUCAUUCCCUCCCUGGGCCCGGCCUCUUCUCCAUGAGGUGGUGUGGUGAGCUAAGCCUGAGGAAGGAAAGGCUCUUCAGAAUGCAUGCCCCAGCAGAAGCACUUCCCUUAUUGUGUGGGGUGAAUGUUGGCCAGCUGCUCCUGGGACUGAAGCCCCUGGAUUCUUAAACUUCAGAAGUCCUAGCCCUGAACCACAGCAUCCACUGUCAGCAGGAAGAGCCACAUUUCCUGUCAAGUCAGAUGGGGGCCUUCUCUGGUCCGUGCCAGCUCUUGGGGUAGCUGGUGAGAAUUCAGUCUUGCUGGUUUCCUGAUAGUGGGUGUAUUAGUGGGCGAAUACCUGCUGCCUUCUCAAAGUGAUACUGUGGAUCUGUGUCCUAGAGAAGCAUGUCCUGUACACCUCUUAGGCUGAACCAUGUAAACUUGAAUUCUGUGCACUGAGAGAAAUGUGUCCUGGUUUUCAGAGAAGAAAACUAUUCCAAAGGCUUCCAGGUUCAUGGUGGGAUUUUUUUUUAAUAAAGCAAAAAAUAAAAAUAAAAAGAGAAAAAAUGCGAGGUUGGGAGGCACUGUUCUGAAUCCCUACCUGCUGGAACCGAGAAUGUCAUUUCUAUUUUUAUAGAAGUUUUAUACAGCUCCAGGGUGGAGAAUAUUUAUUAACUAAAUUAUAUCUGGAAAAGGCCAGGAUUUUGUAGAAUCCAGAAUGUGAUUGUUUUACACACACACAGGAUGCUGUGUAUUAUUGAAACUACUGACUUUCAGUGGCCCAUUUGCAGCCUAACCAGCCCACCAGAGGGGGAGAGGAUUGAGGCUGUGACCUGGCAAAGGAGAAACCUGUGUCCCACAGAGCACCCCUGUUAUUACUAUCUUACCCCUCUCUGCUCCUGUCUUUGCCACCGUCCUGCAAUUCCAAAGCCUUCUGGCCACAAGGGCUUAUCUGCCCUUCUUCCCCAGUGUUUUACCAGCAUCCAGCCUAAUGGGGCCAGCCUUUCUGUGGGCCUGGAGUGGUUUGAGACACCCUAAAGUGGAUAAGAGUCCCCCUUGGUGCUGGGAGCUAUGUCCAGUCAUGGGCCUGUAGAGAGGGGAAGCCAGGGUGGGAGGCAGCUGGAGGGUGAGGCACACAGGUCUCUGAGCUGUCCCCCAGGCAGGUGGCAACAGCUGCUACCCUGGAGCAUAGCUUUCUCCUCAGGUCAGAAAUGGGUUUUACAGAAAAGCUGCUUCGUGUGGGAAGGGCUUGGCCCAGGGCUGAGCACCAGCUUGUAGUUGAGUCUUAAAGUGGUCCUUUUUCUCCCUGUGGGGUUGUCACUCCCAUUGUGUUGUCUGCUGUAACACGUUUCUCAGUCACAUCAUGGAGUCAGUUUGUCUUGGAAGCAGCCAGACCUCCAACUUCCCUAAGACUGAGCCAGGCCCAAAGGGAAACAGAGCUUGGAUUUCCCGCAUGGAGCACUUUGGGAAGAGGCUUCAGCAUCUGCAGCAUCCAGAUGUCAGAGCGCUCCUCGCCAGAGCACCUUCUGCUUUUUCUAGGGUACAGAUGACGCUGUCCUUGGCAGGGGGGCCAAGGGGUGGAGGUGGGGAAUGCAGGUGAUCUGACUCAUGCACCUGGGCCUGCUGGGUCUGCUGAGAGAGUCCAAGGAAAUCCAGGCCUUGGUUUCUGUUUUGCCCCUGGCAGUCUGAUGUCUUCUUGGUGUCCUCCAUGUACUUUGACUUUCCCCUGUGUCCAUCGUUAGCAUGUGCAAAAGUUCCCUGUCACUCGCCUCCCCCAGAAGGCCUCCUUGUUUCAGGGCUCUACACAGUGUCCCUGUUUUCUCUCUCUUUGUUUGGACGUAUUGCUCUGUGUAACUCAGUGGGUCUCCCUCUUUCUGGUUUGUUUUUUUUCUAGAUUCCUGCCGUUUGUUCAUCGUUGUGCCUAAAGCAUGUCGAUGUGGCGUCAAGUACAUCGUCCAAAUCCUUGUCUCUUCAGCUUCUCUGAUGCUUGAACUCUCACCUUUGACCUUGUGUUGACCUUUGAUGCUGAUGUGUAUUUUUUAUUAUGUUUGUUUCUUUCUUUGUUUUUCUUUAAAUUUUUUUGUGCUGCCAAAUUGGUUUUGCUAGAACGACUGCUGAAGGGGAAAUAUUUAAACUUGCAUUUGAAUAUAAAAAAAUCUAUUUUUCUAGAACUUCAUAAGAUAACCACUUGAUUUUGUGAUUCCAAUUCUUUGUAAUUGUCUUCAGAGCAGCCCUACUAGCACAUGCCGUGUGGUGUUUGUAUUUCUGUGAACACACAGCCAGUCCGUUUCUAGGCUUUGUUUUUCUGUGUGCUUAGUUUUAAAGCAAAACUUUGAAGCAAACAAUGAAAUAAAAGACGUCACUAAACCUUUGAGGCUCCUGAGCACAUUUUGCUGAUCUAGUUUCUGGGGCUUGAGGAGACAGCAUGUAUUUUUUUUUUUCUCAAGUUCUUAACUUCAGAAAACACUUGAACUCCCUUUUCUGUGUUGAGGGCAGGCUGCCUUCUGGCCUUCCUGCACCUUUCUUUGGCCUCCCUUCUGGUUCUCCACCUCCAUCCUUGGUGAACCUGGAUCCACGUUGGUGUCCUGUUUCAUUAACUCCCAUGCUUGUUUCUACAAUCUCCUCAGCAAAAUGUGAUGCUUUGGUUUUCCUUUCUGACUCAAAUAAUGCCCAGAAAACCCACGUUUUGCAUGUUUCCUGCUGUUUUCUUCACACCUUCGUAUAUAUCACCUUCACCUCUCUGUUUUCUAUAGUUUGUGCAAAAACUGACUGAUUUAAAGGGUUUCAAAGAAGCUGUUUCAAAUUGUUGUGGGGUUGAUUUUUUUUCCCUAGAUUGUUUUUAUUUUUGAUGAGGCAAAUUUCUCCUCGGUUGCCCGUAAGAGUGCUUGCCUGUGCGCUUGGACUGUCUUCUGAUUUGGCCUGUAGGCCUCAGAGGUAGCUUUAGGGAGGCUGGUUGCACAUUGGUCAGGUAGAAAUCUGAGUAUAGUGGGAGUCUUUAGGAUAUGGAAAAGGGGAGAAGAGCUGGGCACCCAGGAGGUAGCUAUGGGUGGGACACUCACAUCAAUGUGACUUUGAAAAUCUCUUUGCACAAAGGCCUCCUUAGGAAGUUGAUGUCUUUCACUAACUUCCUGAUCCUUUAAAAGAUGAUGAGCCCCAUUUAGCCUCCAAGGAAAGGUUAUAUUUCUUGACCCUUUUUUGGAAAGAGCCUAUAACCCUGGUGGCAUUCAAGUACCAGCUCUUUUCCUAGGUGACAAGCACAACACCAGUCUCCUUGCUGUUUACAGACCCUGGGCAUUGCCCUGGUUCUCCUCUCCCCCCCCCCCCCCCCAACCCCUCCCACCUCCACAUCAUCUCCUUUCCCCUGGGGGAAGAAUGGAUAGCUGUUCUGCUUGCCCUUUGUGGGGGCUACUUUCCCCAAUCUCCUGGAAUUCAUUGAACAACCCCACUUCAGUAAAAAAAGUUGAACUGCUGAGAAGUGAGGUCUGAUCAUAAGGAAACGGAAAGGUAAAGAGAAGGAUUAAUGGGUGACCAGUUGGUAGAAGAUGGAAAUUGUAGAAGGGAGUGAGCUUGAGGAUGGCACCCAGACACACCGGACCCUUCUGGGGGCUAUGGGAGACACAGUGUCCUGAUUCUCUAGGACUAGGGUGAGAGAUAUGAAAGGCCUCAAAGAAAGUAUUAGGCACUGCUGGAAAGGCCUGUAGGGGGAGGUGAUAAUGGAGCAAGUUCCUGCAGUGUUUCAGUUCUGGUAUUGGCAUCUAGGAUAGAGCUGCCCUUUUGAAGUAAAGGGAGAUGUGGGGUUUCCAGAAGGGCUUUUGGCAUGGGAAAAGGAUAGAAGCCCCUGAUCUGACUGCUGUGAGCACCACAGUCUGACUGCACAGAGCUGCCUUUGUAGGCCAAAGGCCCGAGUGAGACACACCCCUACCCCAAGCCCUACCUUUAUCUUGAGAGUCUGUGUUUUGCCAAUCUGUUUUGCUUUUGAUUCCAAAAGGAGCUCUGGGGAAACCUGUGGAUAAAACCAAAAUGCCAAACGUUGGGCGUUAUUCUCCUUCCCUUUCCUCUCUCUGAUUGUUUUAGUUGUUCUGUGGUGGUUUUCAUGGAUUUGAGACCCUGGGAACGGCAGCUGCCUUUCUGAUUUCCAGCUGCUUUUUGUGAAUAAUUUAAAAAGAAAAAAAAAAGAAACUUUCCAUUUUGGAGACAAACCUGUGUGAGUUUUUUAUUGGUACAAACGUUGUAUUUAAACACUAGGGGUUUUGUACAGUUUUUUGCCUUUUCUACUAGAAAACAAUGUAAAGUGAUUUCACAAUGUGAAGAGAAAAAAAAUUGCCACUAUGACCAAACGUACAGUCUGUUCUGCAGCAGCAAUGGGGUUCAAUCAACUCGAAGUCGUGAUUCAGUUGUAGAGAUGCUUUCCCCUUAACCUUGUUCAAGCUUUUCCUUUCUUUUCCCUGUUUUGAUUUGCAAAAGAAGCCGUCUCUUUUGUGUGAAAUUGUGUUGUACUCUGUAGAAAAUUAUGGAUUUUACUUUAAUCGUUAAAAACAAAAAAAACAAAAAAACAAAAAACAAAAAAAGCAGCAGCAGCAAGAAGAGCCUUGGUUGCUUUUCUGGCCUGGUCGCAGAGUUUGUGUAGUGGGUUUAAAGAUGAAAAGGUUGUUACAAGUUUGGAACAAGCGAGUAUGUGUUAAAAAGGAAAUUUCCUUCCUUUGUGUGUUUUUCCUUUUGUCCCAAUGGGGAACUUAAACCUGUUUUAAUUGCACAGACACACGGACAAAAAGUCAUUUUGUAUCUGCCAAGUGUGGUACCUUCCUUUGUUUAUUUGCUAUUAAACUGUUUGAGAAGAA